AGCACUUACACACUGCCUGCUCAAGCCAUGGCAGACUUCCUUGCAGAAAAUGAACUAGUAACGCUAAGAAAUCGAUUUAAAAGAGAUGCCGAGUUGCUUUUGCAAGGGAUUUCUGAUGAUGGUGAAGAAAAGAGUAAAGAGGAGAAAGAUGCCAAACCACUCCCACGCAUUAACCGACACUCCGUCUUCUGGAUCCUAGCCUCCAUAGGGUUGACCUACUAUGUGGAUUUCUUUAAUGUCAUCAUGGAAAACACAGAUAUUAAGAGCUGGUGGUUUAAUGUUGGACUGGUGCUGCUGACUCUAUGCAUAUCUCUGGCUGCAUUCUGCAUUCUGUACCUGGAGUGGUGUAAAGGCAUCGAACAUUAUGACCAGGAGUACCCUGCCAUUCCCCCUUUAACUACCGCAGCCUUUAUUGCAGCCUCUUGCAGCUUUCACAUAGCGCUUUGGCCAGUGUGGUCCUUCUUCACUCCCGUGAUCCUCUUCACCCAGUUCAUGGGGGUCGUGAUGUUCAUCUCUGUCUUAGGAUGACAGGACAGGACAUCACCUCACCAUCUGCUAGCAGUCUGUGCCCUGCAUGCACUGUAAAACAAAUGCAGUCUCUGUGGACAGCCCAGGCUCCAAAAAUGGCAACAAACAACCUGGGCCAUGAAAACAUAACAAACUGUUCCAGCAGAUCACGACAAGAUGUGUGUUUAGGAGUUUCAAUUGCACGGAAGGGAGGGGGAGGGAGUAGCGAGCUAGCUCUGUGUCUUGUUCAUCAGAAGUGACGUUACCCAUCAUUGCUUAGAGUGCCUUUAAUUUUUAGGGUAAGCCCUUGUAGUAUCCUAAUCAGCAUGACUUGAUGCUAGGUUUGGGAUCGUAAACAUAGUUAGCUAUACUCUGUUCAAUAGUUUGACUCAAUGUUGUACAUGUUAAAUUGAAUUAAUUACAUAAAAAGAAAAUGAUUGCAAAGACGUAACUCUUUUUUCUUCAUUUUAUGA